AUGGACCGCCUCGUCUCGAGGGUUCGCCGAAUUCCGCCGUUGCAUAGUAUUUCGGAUGCGCUUUUGAUUUCAUUGUUGUCCAACUCCGAACCGCAGCCCGAAUCGAUUCAGCAGGGUGUUAUUUUGUUCGAAAAAGAUGAGCCAACCGCUUACUGGUAUUUAUUAAUUAGCGGCGAGGUGCAACUAUUUAGGCGGAGUAGGAACGGCGAAUUUCGAAAUCUGAAGACACUUCGAAGCGGCUCUCUAUUCGGCGACCUCUCAACACCAUCUCACUCAUGCUCAGCACUAGUAUCUCGUCCAGCUCAGCUGGUGCGAAUCUCCCAACAACAUUUUCUGUCAAUUUAUAAUAAGCACGGCGACCAUUUACAGCCGUUCAUAGUAAUAAUGCAUGACAUUUUAUUAGACGCCGAAACACCAUUAGAACCGCUACCAUCAUCGCUAUACACAGGCCAUCCAAAUAUGGAGGCGAAGCCGCCGGAAUUCCGGCGAAUGAUGCCCUCGCCUCCAAAUGGCGUUCAUCUGAAACCGCGAACUCUUCCGUUCAUCAACGGCGCCGCCAAAAACGGACAUCAUCAUCACGCGCAGCAAAAAUCAAGACAAAUUGAUGUCGACAAAAGCUUCAUCGAGUUUCGCAGCACGCUGAGCAUCGAGGGUCAAAUUCUCGAGAGCGGUCAAUUUCUGCAAAGGCGAAUGCUGACUGACGGGCAUCAUGUCAUUCGUGACGCCGUCGUCCACAAUACGACACUUCAUAAUUGUAUGCUUGGAUGCGAGAUGGUCGAUUGGCUUCUGACGUUGUUCGUCUCGACGUCGACCCAUCCCACAAGCCUGUCGCGACUCCAAAUGUCCGCCAUCUGGCAGGUGCUGCUUGAUAGCAAUGUGAUAGUGAAUAUCGACGGCGAUCAUAAGUUCAUGGACAAAUCGACGGCAAUCUUCCGCUGGGCUGUGCAGAUUCCCGAAUCGCAAAAAAUCGCGCCGAAUUUGGAAGACAUCACCCAAGUCAUCUCAUUUCUAUCAUCAGUCGCACCGGAGACAUUAUUCCUAAUGAUCUUAUCAAUUCCCGGCUACAAUCGGAGUCCGGAAGAGCUCGAAGUGGUCUACGAGGAAAUGAUGCACAUUAAAGCGUUGUCGCAUUUGAGCACAAUGGUCAAACGCCAAUUGGCCACCGUUGUCGAGAUCGAGAAAUUUCCGCACGCCGGCAGUGUGGUGUUUCGCCAAGGCGAAAUCGGCGACCAUUGGUAUAUUGUGCUCAAAGGUGCCGUCGAUGUUAAUGUGCAUGGAAAGGGCGUUGUUUGCGUUCUUCACGAAGGCGACGACUUCGGGAAACUCGCCUUAGUCAACGAUUCGCCGAGAGCGGCGACAAUCGUGACACGCGAAGAUGAUUCAAUAUUUCUAAUCAUCGACAAACAUCAUUUCAACCAAAUUUUGCGCCAAGUCGAGGCCAACACCGUGCGUUUGCGCGAAUUCGGCGACGAUGUUCUUGUGCUCGAAAAAAUCGAGUUCCCGCGCGGUGCCGCACUUGAGAACUCGAAUUCGGUGUCAUCGACGUGCGGCUAUUCGGUGAUGGCUGGAAAAGCGGAAAAAAUUCUCGAAUACGUGCUGGAGACCAGAAUUGACGCUCAGCCGGAAGAUUUGUCAGAAAUUGACGUCUUCCUCGAGGAUUUCAUACUAACCCAUGAAGCUUUUAUGCCAACGAACGCUGUCUGCAACUAUCUCAAAUCCUACUAUUUUCGUCCUCCGUUUAACGUCGCGCCGUCGUCAAUGAUCGACACAUUCGCCGACGACGUUUGCUCGAAGCGUCGCGUCGUUCAAUUCCUUCAUGUUUGGAGCAGCCUUCUCCGUGUCAACUUUUUUCUGAAUCCCGCGUCCAACUCGUUCAUCGAGGAGAUGUACUGCCACGUCAUUGAGGAUCAGAAGCGGAUCGAUGGGAUGCGUGAGAUUGGGCAUCGAAUGGCGGCGCUACGCGCCACCCGCGAGAAUAUGCAACUAUUGCUCUCCAGACAUCCGGCGACCGUACUCGACUGUGGGGUGCUGUCGGCGCACACGCCCAUCCCAAUCCUACCUUCGGAUAUUUGCAAUCAAAUAAUCCAUCUCGCCGACACCACGUGCUUCGUGUUGCCCAUUCGUGUCGACAAGACUGCUGAGGAGAUCUGUGAGCUGUCACGACGGCGAAUGAGAUGCUACACUGUCGAUCCAUUGAUAUUAGUGGAAGUCAAGUCAAACGGAGAGAAGCUCAUAUUUGAUCCGAAUGAUCGCGCAAUUCCAACGGUGCUCAGUCUGAACAGCAAGGUUUACGUGGUGCAUCGCGAAGAAGUCGACAUGCUGACGCCAAUGGAUGAUCAGAACGGACCAUCGACAUCGCAGUCAUCGGUGCUUCAACUCAUUGACGCGCAGGAGCUCGCCCAUCAGCUCUUCACGUUUCAUAUGCAAUUGGUCCGCGCCACCGACGCCAGCGAACUUCUUUUCCAGGUGAUCGGAAGGGAAUCGUUUCCAUUGAGUAUGCCGUUCAAUUUGGAUUUGCUUGUUCGACGCUUCAAUGAGGUUCAACACUGGGCGACCACAGAGGUUCUACUGGCGACCGACGCCAAUCGUGUUGACGUCUUGAAGAAGUUCAUCAAAAUCGCCGCCUACGCUCGAGAGAACCAGGACCUUUUGACAGUGUUCGCCGUGACGUUGGGACUUAGCCACAUUUCGGUUAGUCGGCUAACGAUGACAUGGAAUAGGCUUCCUUCAAAGUGCAAGAAGAAAUUUGUAGAGUUUGAGAAUCUUCUCGAUCCCUCCAGAAAUCAUCGCCUCUAUCGUAUGCUGGUCGCCAAGAUGAAUCCGCCGUACAUUCCAUUCAUCCCACUGAUCCUCAAGGAUCUCAUGUUCAUCCAUCAAGGCAACAAAUCGUUCUACAACGGUCUUGUCAAUUUUGAGAAAAUGCACAUGUUCGCCAACGUGCUCCGCGGAUUUCGUCAAUGCAAGGUGACGGUGAAUCAGAAUCCCGAGACGGAUGUCGUCGAAUCGCAAUGUCUCAUUCGGAAUCUAAGGGUAAUCGAUAAUCAGCAACGCCUAAUGCAGCUCUCCUACGAAAUCGAGGCGAAGACGACGAAACGCAAUGAAUAUAAAUGA